AUGAGUACCUUCACGUCUAGCGAUAUCGAAAUUGCGGCUCGCGCUGCGGAUCAGUUCACGCGCCUGUACUAUACCACGUACGACUCGGCGACGCGAGUGGACGACUUGCCAAAUUUCUACCGCGCAACCUCGACCUUGACAUGGAACGGCAAUCCAUUCCAGGGCUCGGAGGGAGUGAAGUCGUUGAUGGAGCGCAUGCCGAGUACGAAACAUGAGGUACAAUCUUAUGAUUGUCACCCUAUCCCUGGCAAUCAACCUCCAUCCCUCCUUAUUAGUGUCUCAGGAACAGUGACACAUGGGAAAGGACCAGCCGGCAACCCUGCAUCGACACCUCGCGGUUCAAUCGAAGGACAACCCCGGGUGUUCUCACAGACGUUUAUGCUGGUGCCUGAUCCCACCGCACCUCCCGCCAAACCCGGGGAAGUUGCGAAAUAUUAUGUCGGGGCGGAUGCAAUGCGAUUUGUUGGCUGA